AUGUCCUCAGCUGCAUCAGAUUCACCCAGGAGCUCCCUCCGCCCUCUCAAACGCCACAUCACCGCCCAUGAUGCUUCGGGCAAAGGAAUUUUCAGCGAUAAAGUGCCCUCCGAGGCCCAUGUCCGUCAAUCGACCGGCGGUGCGAUGGAAUUCUCGCUCAUGUACACGAACAAGCACGAUCCAUUGCGUCUCGCUGACGAUGCAGACGUCGAAGCAUAUGCAUCAUACCUCAAGACGCCUCCUGCACUGACGAUUCCCGGCGGUACAGUUUGCCGCACUGUCGAUUUUGCUCCGGGAUAUACUUCGCCUAUGCAUCGCACAGUCUCUCUUGAUUUUGGCGUGGUCUUGGAAGGAGAGGUCGAGCUGCAGCUUGACUCGGGAGAGACCAGGCUUCUGAAGCGAGGAGAUGUCUCCGUGCAAAGGGGAACCAAUCAUGCAUGGAGGAAUACAAGCAAGGACCAGUGGUGUAGGAUGCUGUAUGUGCUACAAGCUGCUGAGUCGGUGACUCUUGCAGGUACAGCUCUGGACGAAGAUGAGGGUGGGAUUGAUUGA